CAGCAAUUGGAUCUGCUUAACCAACGCAGGCGCACGUGGUCAGAUUUUUUGGAGCUGAUCUCUGUAGUAAUAAAUAAAUAAAUAUGAAAGUCAAAAGAGUGAGAAAGGCAAAAAAAAAUUUAUCGUUUUAUAUUAAUUGUUAUAAAUUUCGAAAACCUUUUCAAGUUCUGAUUGACGGGACAUUCUGUCAUGCUGCAUUGCAGAAUAAAACAAAUAUCAAUGAACAAUUGCCGAAAUAUUGUCAAGCGGAAGUUAAAUUGUUGACUACGACAUGCGUUAUCUCGGAAAUCGAGAAACUGGGGCAUGAACUUUACGGAGCUUUGAUGGUCCUGAAAAAAUUCGGGUUGCACAAGUGCCCUCAUGGAAAGACACCAACUUCUGGAGCUAAAUGUCUACUGUCUAUGGUCGGAGACAAUAAUCCUUCAAGAUAUAUAGUAGCGACACAAGACUUGAGACUGCAAACAAAAUUAAAAAAUCUUCCUGGAGUUCCUGUUAUGUAUUUGCACGGCCCGGCGCCGAUUCUAGCACCGCCUUCGGAGGCAGACAAAGAAAGAGCUCAGGCCACAGUGAAAGUCAGUACAAGUGUUCACGAGGAAACGUUGAAAGAACUCAAAGAAUCUUUGGAAAAGACAGGAGAGCUGCCCCCGACAAUUUCUAAACCAACUGGAGAAUUCGUUAAAGUCAAGAGGAAAAAAGGCCCGAACCCUCUGAGCUGCAAGAAGAAGCAGAAAAAACCAGCUCUUACUCAGCCUACGCAAAAUUCCGGAAAAGUCAGGAAACGCAAACGAGUCAAAAUACCCGCGCAUAUUAAAGAAGCCCUCAAACAAACAACACAAAAAUAAUUAUAAUAAUAUUAAUUAAGUACUGAAAAUAAAUUCGAUAAAAUUUAUAAGAAACUGGAUUAUUAUUUAUUAAUAUAAUACAUAAUAAUA